AUGGCCAGCCGGCCAAUAUCUAAAAAGGUUGUCCAGUGCAUCGGCUCCGCGCACUUUGAACCCCACACCCGGGUCAAAAGCAGCGAAGCCAGGACUGCAGCGCUCGCGGCGCUGGAGAAGAAUGACCUCGCCGCCGCAAUCAGGGACUGGUUCCAGCUGCCUGCCAACGACAGUUAUACUUACCAUGCCAUGACGAGCGUGACACUCGCGCAGGUGCAGCACGUCGUAUCUCUUGGCGCCGCAAACAACUUGCACGCCUGGUAUGCCGAUCCGGAGACCAAGGAGCCCUUGCAACCGCCGCCACAGGCUGAUAUUGAGGCUUACAUCACCAUCUUUCAGGCCAACAGCGCGACGGCAAGUGCGCUGAAGGGUUUUGCAUCAAAUGCAAAAAAGAAUUCUCUGCGAGCUUCCGUGGCUACACAUAUCACCGAGAAGCGGUAUAUCCACCCAGCGGCGCCGUCUCUCACCAUCUCAAAGAACAAGUCGCCGCCGCCGAAUCCCUACUUUGACUUCUGGGCCUGGUCAUGCCGGAACCUCGAAUGGUGCGGGCCAUGCGCGGCGUCUGAAGCACGGCCACAGAGUCACCAUGUGCUGCCCAUCUUCAUGCACCACUUCGGGUGCGCAGUACCUUCGUAUGAGUCUCUCGAGAUGCUGCGCAUCCUAGCUGCCGGGCGCACUGUCGCGGACGUCGGGAGCGGAAACGGCUACUGGAGCUUCAUGCUGCGGCAGCACGGCGUGUCAGUCGUGCCCGUCGACAACCAGCAGAGCGAGUGGCGCGCGAACUGGGUGAAUGACACCGUCAUUGCCGAUGGAGUUAAAUGGCUCGGCCGCAAGGAGAACGCCGGCGGAAAGGACAUGGUGUUGCUGCUCGUGUACCCCGUCGUGGGCGGCGGUCUCGCCGGCGGCGUAGAGGGCGGAUUCACGCGGGGACUGAUGGCCGCCUAUCAGGGCGACACGGUCGCCGUAGUAGGCACGCAAAAUCGGAACGGAUAUACCGGCUUCAAAGACAUGAUCAUGAACGAAUACAUGGAAAAAGAGCAAAAGGACUGGACGAAAGUGGUACAGAUCCCGCUUCCGAGUUUCGCUGGCAAGGACGAGGCCCUUUUCGUAUAUCAACGAGGAGAUAGGGCACCUAAAGAGUCUGCAGAUCUGGGGGUGUCCGCAAAGACAUGA